CUUGUUUGUCUCUGACCUGCGUAUCUGGUGCACCUACCGUAAUUCCUGGAAGUUUACCCCCAGGGAGUCCGGAUAUACUGUGUCGCUUGUCUGCGAGCCAGGGGGAAAAGCAGCCUAAACGCCCGGGGAAGCCGGCGGUAAUCGGCGGGUUGAUUGCUGGAAACACACGGAAAAUAGUUUAUGCGUUCCGUGGUACGAUCACAGAACCACGUGUUCAAAUUCCUCUGAAACAACAACAAAAAAAAAAAAAAAACUACUUUGCUUUUCGUUUGUCCCUGGUUCCGAUACGACAGAACGCAGAACACCACUUUCUUCUCCGGGUCGCUUUCCAUCCCUUCUCCCUAGGCACCGGGCUGGCUCACUCCUUUUCCACUCGUAGACUCACACAGAUGGCUCAAGGCUCAGUGAAAGUGCCUGAUGACUCGGAUUUUUCCCGGUUCCGCGUACAGUGCGAGUCUCAGGAAGGCUGGAUCAAUAAAUACAGUAAAUCGGGCAUGGAGGUUUGGAUCGACUUGCCUCCCUCGGCAUCGGCUCAUCACGACCGGAGCCAGAACCAAGUGAAAAUUCACAAGAUCAGAUGCAGAAUGGCAAUGAAGGAUGUCUCAGCUGCGACCAUGUACGAUGUUCUUCAUGAUGAGGAGUACCGCAGGAAGUGGGACACCAACGUCAUAGAGAGCUUUGAUAUAGCACGGAUCACCGUCAACGCAGACGUGGGGUACUACUCCUGGAGGUGCCCGAAGCCACUGAAGAACAGAGAUGUGGUGACCCUGAGGUCCUGGCGAGUGAAAGAUGACGAAUACAUGAUCAUCAACUACUCUGUCAAACACCCGAAGUACCCCCCUCGGAAGGACCUGGUGCGGGCGAUCUCCAUUCUUACAGGGUUCCUGGUAAAGCCGACGGGGCCCAACAGCUGCACCUUCACCUACCUGUGCCAGGCAGACCCCAGAGGGUCGCUCCCAAAGUGGUUUGUGAACAAGGCAUCUCAGUACCUGGCCCCCCAGGUCCUGAAGAAGAUGCACAGGGCAGGCCAGUGCUACGUGGAGUGGAAACAGAGCAACUCUCCCAACAAGAAGCCAUGGCUACACCCCGAACAGAGCGCCCCCCUCCCCUUCCUUAGCCUGUCAGCGCUGGACAUCCAGCGCACAGAGUCCCUGGAGAAUGUGGACGAGAGCGGGGUGCGGGAGGAGAGAGAGAGCGACGGGGAAGAGGAAAAAAAAGAGCACAACUGAACUGAGAGAACAGGCCUGCAAGCCACAAGCUCCUACUCUGAAGGACUACAGUUGGGAUUGUGUUGUCAAGUCGUUGCUAAGGGUUACAUCACGGAAUGCAUGACACGUACAGGAAUAAUCUUCUCACUCUUCAGACUAGUCUUGGCUGCAAGAUCUCCUGGUGCGCAGUUUACUUCACUGUUAGAAAGAAUGAUGUUCAGCCAGUUCUACUGUCCCUGGCACUGUCACAAAGUGACAAGCUCUCUUACAAUGGAGGAAAAAGACUCCAAGUCUCUCUGAUUCCAUAAAUAUUAACCACGCCUUAAGUACUGUGUCGUUAUUAAAAGUGUGUGACUUCAUUUAAAAGGGCUGGGUCUGUAGAAGCUUUUAAAACUAGAAGAUUUAACAAAAUCACAUUGAAACUGUAACUACUGAGAAAACACACCCUUAUUUUAAUUUCAUAGUGAUACAAAUAAUCUGUUUUAUCAUUAAUAUUACUAAAACUGAACCCAACUUCUAAGCAAAUAUAUAGGUUGCGUAAUGUUCCACCGUAUUUAAACAACCUUGGCAUUUUUUUCUUUAAAAGUCAACCUGUAUAGAGUAAAUAAAAUACAGAAUAAAGUC